CGUAGCCUGUUGGUGGAGAUUAUUAUACAUAAGUAAGAGUGCAUUCUAUAUAUUGACAUAUAUUCUAGGGUAACGAAUAACGACAAGUACCUCGUAGGUUCUGUCCGAAUAAAAAGGAAAAAUGCUUAUCCAGAGAGUCAUUGCAAGUGUACCAAAAGUUAUCAAACGUGACAUUGGUAUUCUUGCACCAGCACUUCAAAAAGCAACGGAUCCUAUACAACAACUUUUCUUAGACAAAAUACGCGAAUAUUCUGCAAAAAGCGCUGGUGGAAAGUUAGUUGAUGCUACUCCUGAACUUGAAAAAGAGAGGAAAUCUGAGCUUGAUAGAAUUCGGAAACAAUAUGAUAUAAAGGGUGAUCCAAAAAACUUCCCAAAAUUUAAAUUUGAAGAUAAUUCAUGAUAUGCCCUACGAGCUCCGCCUGGGAAUUGCGAUGGAAAUUUUUCAUUUUCAAGUUGUUGCUGCAUUCGUUGAUAUUCACUUAAAGUUGCAGUAACUGAAAUCAAGUAAAAAUAUGUUUGUAUGUAAGAAUAAACAAAUUUGACAAAUAUUA